GUCAGGAAUUGUGAAAAACCGAGUUUAGAUGUAUUUGGCUAAGGUGUAUAAACUUCUGACUUCAACUGUAAGUUCAUUAGGCUACAGUAUCUAUUUCAUUAUGUUGGUGUUUUAAAGGCCUGGAUUUAGACACAUUUUGUCAAACAUAUGCUGUUCUCAUUCGUGUAUUUGUUCAGGAAGAAUAUUAUUGAUGUAUAGCAUCACGUUUCCUCAUAGCCUCAAUCAUCAAUUAGAUAGGCCACAGCCUAGUGUAGCCUAUGCAUGUGAUGUGGAAUUAAUGACGCAGUGUAGUGUCAUUGAUGUAGAGAGGGUGUGACCUCGUGUUUUAAAAUUGUUCCGGUGGAAUAGUAUUUAUCACAGAUAAACAAGAACAGAAGCCAAUAGCAACCAGAGAGAAGUAAUUAUGAAGACCCCUCAGUGCCAAACCAGAGUCUCUCAGAGCGGCAGCGCAAGCUACAUGAGCAGCCUCAGCACCAGCGCAAUGAACCCGCUCAGCAGCGCGAGCCUCAUCCUCCUUGUUCUCCUCAUCUCAGCGAUCCCCAUCUGCAAAAGUUCUCCAAUACAACAGCAGAGAGCAACAAUAGACCAGUACCAGCUUCUCAAACAGCUAGAAGAUGUGUGCUCAUCCUACCUUUCUGCAGACCUGCCAUUUCGGAUACCCAAUGUUUUAGGAGAACUCUGUGUGUUGAUGCUUGUACAGAAGUCUAAGAAAGGACGGGACAAUCCUAGUAAAAGGUCCCCUGUGAUGCACCCUCUCCUGCAGCUAGUUCCUCAACUCCAUACCAGACGAGAGAGAGGAGAGGAGUUUGUGGUCCGCGAUCAUCUCCAGGGACCUGGGGGAAUUCAGAGCAGAGGGUACUUCUUAUAUCGGCCAAGAAAUGGAAGAAGAUCCCUAGAAUUUGAGUGAAUAGUCCCUACUAUACGUUGUACAGAGAUGACACAGAACCAGAGACCCGAACAGGCACAGCCAUCAGAGUGGUCCAGACCUCCACCAAAAUGAUGUUGAAAGAAUGAAGAAACAAAAUGAAGAACAAAGAAAUGAGUCUAAGUAAAAUAAUCUUUGUUUGUCCAAAAGUCUUAUUUGUGUUUCGAUGAUGUGUCUUUUGAAUUAAAAGCAUUGUUAUAUGGUUA